GUUAUCCCCUCGGUUCCAUGUUCUUCCAUCGAUCUUCUUCCAUCGAUCGAGCCGGGGAAAGCUUUCUCCUUUCGUCCGUCCGAAUAUUGUGCGAACGUCUCUUCCAAAAUUUAGCGAACCUCGAGAUAUAUCGGUGGCAGAAUAUUUCGGACGAUGUUCGGCAUCGAUCCGGGAACGGACCCGCGCAAGCGCCAGCCGGCGAAUUUCACCUAGUCCUCGUUACUUGCUGUGUACGCGUACGCUCGAAAACGGGGUGGUCGUCUAUUUUCGUUUGUCCAGAAUCGCGUAGCGAUAGCGGAGUGGAGUCAAUGUCUGCCACCCUCGAUGCGUGCGUCAACGACACCGGAUCGCCCUCGAUAUCGAAGGCCGAGGACAACCUGUCCAACAGCGACGGGCCUCUGAUCAAAGGCUACGUUCGUCGGAACAGCUGCAGUAGCGUUCGUAUAAGUUCCGAGAACGUGAACAGGACGAUAGUAUCCUCUCACACGAUGUACACCGAGAAAUCGACGAAGCGACGUUACUGCCUGUGGAUGCUUACUUUCGUCUUGGCAGUGAUCGGCCUUUGCAAUCUGUUUCUGAACAUCACCGUGAUCGCCGUACUACGGAUCAGUCAGAGGAUGGAAGCGAUGGAAAUGAUACCCGACGAGAAUCUCGUCAAGUUCUAUGGGAAAACCGAUUUGGACGAGGUGUGCCUACGGUCGGGAGUCUGUCAAAGUUACGGGGACGAGUCGAUGGAAGUCUCCGGCGACGAUGCCGGCGUUCGGAUAGACGUGAACGACCAUCGGUCGCAUGACAAGACUCUGACCAAGGUGACGGUCUUACCAAACGGGACUACAAUGUCGAAAGUGGAGUCGUUUGAAGUAAAAGAUCCGAGGACCGCGAGCGUUUACUUUACCACAGAUUUCCCGAACUUCGGCUUACCGGCGGGCGUGGAUAAGAUCGACGUGAAGAUCGCCGAGACGCACAGGAUAACGUCGCCGGUGAACGAGAGCCUCAGCGUAAACUCCAACGAGCAAAUUUCGAUACAGGGUGCGGAGGGGACCAGUAUGGAGAGUAAGGACAUCGCCUGGAGCGCGGACAAAGACAUUCUCUUGAAGAGCGUCAAUGGGAGCAUCGUCCUCGAUUCGAAAGAUGGAGUGUCCAUCAACGUCGAGGAUAUACCGAUCGCGCCGAUGUUCCUUCAGAAUCCAUCCAGUCACGAGCAGGUCUACAAGGUCUGCAUCUGCAUGCCGCAGGGGAAACUGUUCACGGUACCGGUUCGCGCUGGCAUCGACACCAACUGUGCCCGAAUCAAUCGGGCCCCGGAGAACGAUCCAUGUUUGCGAUAAGAUUCAUGCUGUUUGUACUCUGAUUUUUUAAGUACUCUAAGUAGACUCUCCGCCGAGCGGCGAAUUUCAUUGUUUGUCUUACCUGAACGAACAAGAGCGUUUGCCCUGGAUCGUUCGAACUGCCGAGUGUACGAGGUCGCCAAGAAAAGAUUUGAAUUGUACUGCUGAGACGUAAACACGUCUCGGAUCUUAUUCAUGAAAAUACAUAAAGGGUCCUCAGUUGCAUUUGGAAAGAA